CUCAAUUUACAAAAAUAAAAUGUGAAAAUUUUGUGUUUUUAAAAUUCUGCUUCAUAUUACAGCUAUUUAAUCAAUUUGCAGCUUACGAAUUUUUUAUCGUUACGACAAUGGCAGCUUUUCCCAAAGAACCAAUCAAUAAAACAAUACAACAAGAUUGGGCUAAUCGUGAAUAUAUUGAAAUCAUAACGGGCAGCAUUAAAAAAAUUGCCGAUUUUCUUAAUUCUUUUGAUCGUUCAUGUCGUGGACGAUUAGCAGAAUUGAAUGAAAAAUUGACAAGCCUUGAACGUAGUAUCGAACAUUUUGAAGCUAAAGUGGGCAAUAGUGAAUUAGUAGCAAAUCAACAACAACCACAACAACAAUCUAAUUCAAAUGUCAAUACAACGAUGAUAGCAACUAAUAAGCCAGUUUGAUGAUGGCAAAAAUACUUUUUAAUUUUAAAAUUCAUUUGAAUCGCAUGUAUUUUAUUUCCAUGACAAUUUAAUUUUUUUUGCAUCAAAAUCUUAAAAGCUCAAGUGUCAUUCCACCCAUACAUGAAUGUAAAAGGCUUAUAAACAAAUACAUAGUGAAUAAAAAAUCUUGGACACUUGGAAA